AUGAAUUUCUCCUCGGCCUCCUCUAUCCGUACCCUCGGGAACAAGACCGACGGUGACAGUAAACCGUUUCGGGACUCAGACAGCCGCGACCGCUUUGGUGGACACACGCGUGGCGACCAGUCCGAAGCUUCGUCUAGUUUUCUCAAUACGAGCAACUUUGGCGGCGGAAACCUUCGCGGCUCCAACACGCGCGAACCUCGCAACCCCGAGUACCGUCGCCGUGGCGACGCCGACCAAGACAAUGACGGUUGGAGCACGGUGAAACCGCGUAAGAGCUUUGGCCACGAUGGUGCCGAGCGGUUCCACAGCCGCAUGCACAACGGUGGAAGCGGAGGCGCUGGGACGGGCAGUAGUGGCGGUGGAGGUGGAGGCCUGGAUCGGUACGGCCGCGACGACCGUAAGCCGAGGGAUCGGGACGACAACGACGUCUCAGGACGCGACCGUCCACGCCGCACGUUUGACCGCGACGGGGCCGACGAUAACAACGAUGGCGCUCGCCGCAACGGUCUUCCAGGUCGCACGCCGUGGAGCAGCAACAACAAUAACAACAGCGAUGACAGGGGACAUAACGACCGCAACGACCGCAACGACCGUACAGGACAACGGGACCGCCUUGAUCGGACCCGGAACUGGCGCGAGCGUGACCCCGACAACCAACCCAGCGAUAGCUUCCGCGACAACAGGAAUCAUGACCGGAACGAUCGAAACGAUCGCAACGACCGCACUGACCGUGGCGGGUACGACCGUCGCUGGGACCGAGACCGGGACCGGGACCGGGACUACUUCAAUAACCAGCGUACGGAGCGCGACCCUGAAUGGAUGGACGAAGAGGCUGCAUUUGCCGACGAUGUGCCAACUGGCGGUGGAGGCGGCAGUGGGGGAGAUCUCGGUGAUCUCGCCGACUUUGGCGGUGGUGGCGGCGGCGGUGGCCGCCACACGGCAGAAGAUCUGCGUAAAUUUAUGGCCGCAAUGAAAGUCCGUGAUGGCGGCGGCCAGAAGAACCCGGACGAACCAUCGUCGUCUUCGGCGGCCAACGACGGAAAGAAAACGUGGAGGAGCGAGCCGGCGUCGGCUCCAGUUGUGGACCCUGGCCGAGACCGCUUUUUUGAGCAAUUCUCCAAGUCGACCAAGACCGACGACAACAGCCCUUCCGACGCCGAUGCGGCGGCAACCAACAAGCACAAAGUGAACAAGGCUUCGAAGUUUACCUCAUUCUUCUCAUCGCAGAGCCAGACCGAGCCGCCAACGCCCGCCGCUGCACCGCAACCUGCUGCGGCCCAGCCGCCCUCGCAAGGUGGUGGUGGUGUUGGAGGCAUUGGUCUCGGCGCGGGCGACGGCGACGGCGCUGGUGGUGCUGGUGGUGGUGGCGCAAACUUGCUUGCCGCACUGACAGCGCCUGCACAACCGCCCAAUGCCGCCGAGAAGGAGGCUUUCCAGGUCCUGCUGCAGAAGCUUCAUCGUCACACUGGCGGUAGUGCUGGUAGCUCCACAACAUCGCCUGCUGCUGCAGCCGGUAUCGGUAUUGGGACCAUUCCGGGACCCAGCAACAAUCCAACACCACCUGGAGCCGGUCUCGCCUUCCAGGAAUCGCCAAACUCGGCCUCGAACCCAUCUCUCCUCCGGGACGGCCGCCAGCGGAGUGGUCUCACUUCCCCUGACCCUCCCUUUCCACAGGGUCAGCCUGGCCAGCCUGGUCAGCCCCAUCCUGGCGCGGACCGGCGUAGUGAUCCCCGCUUCCUAGGCGGUGCGCCACAGGUUGGGCCUCAACAGAGCCUGCAAGAGCUCCUGAUGCAGCGCCAACAACCCAUGUCCAGCCAGUCUCCUUCGGGGUCAGCUCGCCCUGAACAGAUGCUUCAGGAACUGUUGUUCAUGCGCCAGCAGCAGGCAGCCAGCCAGGACGGCCAUCCUCGCACGGGCCCGCCAACCGGCGGCCCUGGCGUUUCUGGGCCAAGCAUGGGCACACCAAAUUCGCAGACCGAGUUCCUUAUGAAGCUUAUGCAGAGCGGUGGGCCCAGCCCGCGCAGAAACGAGGACUCCGUAAUGCGCAUACCGCAGCCGCAGAAGCAGGUUAAUAUCCCAUCAGUUCCGGACCGCGAGGCCAAAAUGGCCGACUUUGCACGCGAGCGCGAACGGCUCGCCAUCCAGCGCCAGCAGCAACAGGAUCAGCAGCAGCAGCAGCAGCCGCAGCAACAGCCAAUGCGUCCUCCUCAGGGAAUGCCGGGAAUGUUUGCCGAUGAGCAGUUCCAUCGCCAGGAGGCCGAGGGCCGGCCACCUCAACAGCCAACUCAGAUUCUCCAGCGGCCCCCACCGCCAGGUCUCGAGCAUAACAUGCACGGGCCUCUUCCGCCGUUCUUGCAACAACAGGGUAGUGGUCGUGCUGAUGGUAGUGGCGGUGGUGGUGGUGGAGGCGGCCGCCUGCCUCCUCCGCAAGGCCCGCCUCAGCAGCAACAGCAACAGCAACAGCAAGGGCCGCAGCAGCCCAUGAUUCCACCUCCUGGCCUAAGCGCGAACCACCCCAACAACCCGCAGAACCGGGCCAUGCCCAACAUGCCCAACAUGCCAAACAUGCCCAAUAUGCCCAAUAUGCAGGGUAUGCCGGGCAUGCCCAACAUGCAGCAUAUGCCACCUAACAUGCCGCUGAAUCUGCCGCCCAACCUGCCUCCGAAUAUGCCCCCGAACAUGCCGCCCAAUAUGCCACCCUCUAUGCUGAACAUGCCGCCCAACAUGAUCAACAUGCCUCCCAAUAUGGCCGGCAUGUUCCCGCCGCCGAACUUCUCGCCAUCGGGGCCGUUCCCGCCGGACGGCAUUCCCUCGGGUCAACCCCGCAACAUCCCGCCGCCGCCACCAGGCUUCUUUAACCAGGCUCCGGGACCAGGUGGCUUCAUGCCGCCACCUGGCAUGAACUUCCAGGGGCCACCCCCCGACGGUGUGCCGUUCCCUUUUAACGAUGGCCGCGGCAUGCCACCACCGCCUCAUGGAAUCGGUUACAGAAGGUCAUAG